GUUGCUGCUGCUUUCUUUUUUUUAAAAAAAAAAACAACAACCAGCUGGCUGCAAAGGAAGCAGACUCAUUGCUUUCUGGCGAUGACAUUUAGACACUUAGCUCAAGCCAGCGCAGAGGGAAGUCUGCUUUAGGGAAAUCAAGGGAACCCAUCUGACACAGCUCCGGAGAUAUUUCUGGAAAAAUGGCCAAGUUCCUACCAGUUCUGCUGUUUGCAUCCCAGCUUUCCUUGAUAGCAGCUUUAUUUAGGGUGAGUGUUAUUCAGCCUCAUUACUCUGCAGAAUAUGGAAGCAAUGUGACUAUAGGAUGUCACUUUCCAGCGGAUAACUUCUUGAAUCUGACACAGUUGAAUAUCUUCUGGCAGCAAAAACUGUCAGACGAAGCCAAGGAAGUUUACAAGCUCCAAAAUGGACGCGAAGAUCUGUCAGGGCAACACCGACAUUUCCAAGGAAGAGCUACGUUAUUAUAUGAGGAAUUGAAAAAGGGCUAUUCUAUGCUACAUAUCACCCAUCUAAGGAUCACAGAUGCUGGAUGUUACCUUUGUGUUGUCAACUAUCGUGAAGCUGAUCACAAGUACAUUGACUUGAAAAUUGAAGCACCUUACAAGAAGAUAAACAUCCAGGAAAGAAAAGAAGACGAGGACUACAUCUUAACUUGCCAGGCAGAAGGGUACCCCCUGGCUGACGUCCUUUGGCUUUAUGAAAACAUAAUCAAUGACACGAUAUUUGCAAACACAACACAUAAGCUGACAGACACAGGACUUUUCAACAUAACGAGUGUCUUGAGAAUCAGACCAAGUGCUCCUGGAAAUUACAGCUGCAUAUUCCAAACUAAGGAAUUGAGGCAAACCUCAGCUCACAGAACAGUAUUUCUAAUAGGUCAAAGAAAUGCAUCAGGCACUUGGAAAAAUUCCAAGAUCUUGUUUAUCCCAACAUUUGUGUAUAGCGCUAUAAUUUUAUUUACUAUCACUAAAGUCUAAAAAAAUAAUAAUAAAUGUGCAUACCUAGAAAGGUAAAAGAAGAUCUGGAGCAUCAAAUCAAGGAUAAAAUUUGAUGACUGAUGCAGAUGGAGAAGCCUGCACACAUACAAGUUCUUCUUUGUUGUUUGAUUUCCCCCAUUGAUCCUCCACUUAGAAACAUCUUUAAUGAAGUUGGACUGUAGAGGUAAUUAAUGCUGAUCUCUCUGGAUUUCUUAAGUUCAUUGUUCAUUCCAAAUACUUGU